AAAAAGUCGCAGGCAUUAGCUAGUAAACUAAGGAUUGUAUUCUACAACCCUAUAUUCAACCUCUUUAUAAAUUAAAAAAAAAUUACAGUGACAUUUUCAACUGACACAAAGUUGUCAACCCUCACUUCUGACACAUUAUAAACCGUAUUAUUUUAGUAUUUAUAAUCGUAUUUCAAAUAAAAAUGUUGAAAUCACACUUCGACAUCAGUCAGAGAGGCGAAGCUGAGGAAGAAGUUGUAGAAGAAGAAGAAGAAGAGGCGGCGAGGAGUGAUUCAAGUGUGGUGGAGGAAGCCAAGAAAGUAACAGUUUUAAAAACGAAACCAACAAGCGCUGAGAGAAAACUCAACAGGUCUGAAGUGAGUGUCCGUCAAAGCGUGCUCGGAAAGACCGCGGAUGGUGAUGGUUACGCUUUCCUAAAAGCAACGUGUACGGGCAUGAGAUUAACCGACAUAAGUGCUAUCACUUCAUUUAAGCAUUUACAAUUUAUUGACGUGUCAGACAACUUCCUAACUACCGAAGCUCUGCAAGUGGUUACGAAAAUACCAUUCCUGGUACUAAUACACGCCGAUAAAAACAAUCUAGAAUCAGCCUAUUUGAAGAAAUCUAAAUAUUUACAAGUUAUAAUAAUGAACAACAAUACCAUAUCAUCAGUUUACGAUGUUUAUCAUCCAGAAUUAAGUACAUUAGAAGUGGGUUACAAUGAAAUUGAAAAAAUCGACUUUAGAGACCGAAUGCCUACACUGAGAUGUCUUGACUUUCGUUAUAAUCGAAUUUCAGAUAUAUCAAAUUUAAAUUUUCCCAACUUGGACAGUUUAUAUUUAGCUGGGAACAAGAUAACGAGUCUUGUAGGUAUUGAGAGUCUGGUCAAUUUACGUAUUCUUCACGUUCGUAAUAAUCCGAUCAAGUUAUUAAAUGGUUUUAUUCCUGACCAAACAAAACUGCAGUACAUCAAUUUAAGAAACUGUAAGGUGACAACAAUGACACAAGUCAAGAAGUUACAGUGUUUGCCCGCACUAGAAAUAAUAGUACUGAAGGGGUGUCCAUUCAUGGGAGGUACUGGUGAAGAGGGCACCGAAGUGGAAGAGGAUGAUAGUGAACUAAGAAUAGAGGUUUUAGCAGCAUUACCUCGAUUGAAGAGGCUUAAUAAAGGCAUAUUUACACCAGAGGAGAGGUCUGAAGCUAAAACUCUUAUGACUCAAAUACUCGAGGAAGGUGAAAAUGCGACUGAAGAAGGAAGCGAGGAAGCUCUUGAAGAAGAUUUAAAUGACAUGUAAAAUAAUGCAUUCAGUGCUACCAACUUAUUAGCACUUUGAAAUGUAAAAAUCGUAAUGACACAUGUUAAGACAUAAAUAAAUAAAGAAUACAACAGACAGAUGUUUUAUUUAUUUUUAUGUUGGCAAUAUAUUUGAACACUAACUUCCAUGGCACUAUAAAGAAAUCCGUUACACUAUAUUUACACUACACCCUUUGAAGUUAUCUGAUUAGUUUGUCUCUUUAUUCAAAUCACAUUUGUAAAAACAAUGGCUACAUAGACAAUGAUUUGACAAAAUCAUUAAUGAUAUCCAAGUUUUUCUUUAUAUGUAAAAAAAACAUAAAUAACAAAAGUCAUUUCAUUUUUAAAAUUAAAAAAGAAUCACUGCUGAAACUUGGAGUUAUGUUAGAGAAUCACCCAAUGUAAAUUUAACUU